AUGGCAAUCUCUAGCGCAAACAAGGAUUCAAAUGAGCAGCUGAUUCUCGGAAUUUAUUUUGCAAAUGGAACUCCUUGGAUUUUCCAUGUCCGCAUAUACAACACACCAGAUUUACACACCCGUACAAACAUCACUUCACAACUCCUCGAGGACAUGGCACCGAACAUAUGGUAUCUAUGGUUGCUCUUCGUCGUACAGGUCUACAGCGAAUACUACUUCCUCAACCCUCCGAAUCAAAACAUUCAUCCAUCCACCAAUCCCGUAUAUACCAUCGGCGACACCCUAGAUAUCAAGUGGGGAUCAACAACGGACAGCGAGUCCAUGUCACUUGACCUACUUCUAUAUCAAGGCGGUGGAACUAGCGAUGGGUUUUAUAUCUUUCGAAACAAGGCCGGUAGGUGGUCAUACAAUUGGACCAUCGAAAUCCGUAACCUAAAUCUCACCAAGUCCAACCAGUUCUGGAUGGAGUUCCCCUCUGCUGGGGAGUAUUCAUCAGGGACUGAGGAGAACACGUAUACCCUUGCUUUCAACUUGACGGAACCUCCCACCACAACCUCUGUGUCGAUAGCAACCCCAACCUACGUGCCGUCAUCGCCAAUUUCAACGUCAACCACUGCUUUAAGUACACCGACACCGACCUCAUCGCCUAGUACAGAGGCUUCCCAAUCUUCACACGGUCUAUCGACGGGUGCGAAGGCUGGAAUUGGUGUCGCUGUCCCAGUUGCCGUCGUUGCUGCCUUUGCGGCUGGCAUAUUGUAUUCACGGCGAAAACAAAAGAAUCCUACUGUCGAGCCGAUGGAGAAACAACCUGCACGGGAUUCGCUGGUAAACAUGUAUGAACAUAAUCCGUCAUAUACUUCCGCUCCUCUCAAUGAGCUUGCGGACACAUCGCUAAAGUUACCCUCUGAGCCAGUUGAGAUGCCUGCACUCUCCAAAUAA